UGCAGCUGCGCCAUUCCUCCUUUGUCCAUUGAAUAGAGGGAAACGGUCUGUGGUGAGGAAACCGGCUUAGUGACCCUAAACCGUUCAGUACGCCUCAACCGGACGCUGCAGUUUGUGCGAAGUUACCGAACCGACCUAAGGCUUCGUACUAAAGGGAACAGAGCCGCGCUGAAAGUGCUGCAGAAACGUUAUGAGCCAAGCGAAUGGUAAAUCUGAGUCUGCCGUAGAGUCAAACCCAGCACCGAAGAAAACCAACAUGGAAGAUACUAAAUACCUCCCGGAGCUCCUAGCUGAGAAGGACAGCUUGGAUUCAUCGUUCACACACGCCAUGAAACUCAUUUCUGCAGAAAUUGAGAGGAUCCAAAAAGGGGAAACUAAGAAAGAACCUGAGAAGGAAACAUACCUGGACCUGUUUGCUACCAAGAACCUUAAACUCAAAGAGCGAGUACUCAUUCCCACCAAACAAUACCCCAGGGUCAACUUUGUUGGAAAGCUGCUGGGACCGCAGGGCAGCACAAUCAAGAGACUUCAGGAAGAUACCGGUGCAAAGAUUUCAGUUCUUGGCAAAGGGUCCAUGAGGGACAAGAAUAAGGAGGAGGAGCUGAGGAAGGGUGGUGAGGCCAAAUAUGCUCACCUGGCCAUGGAGCUGCAUGUGUUCAUUGAGGUGAUGGCACCCAUUCCUGAUGCCUAUCUGCGCAUGGCUCAUGCAAUGGAAGAGGUCAAGAAGUUCCUGAUUCCGGAACCUGGUGAGCAUGACCCAUACAUGGACCCUCACUUCCUGAAUGGAUCCCAAGAUGGUUCAGGCAGAGGGCGAGGUGGCCAGUUUGGAAGAGGGAGAGGCGGACCCCCUGGUGCUGGACCAAUGGGUCGAGGAAUGCCACGCGGUGGCCCUCGAGGAGCAAUGCGUGGUGGAGCCCCACGGGGAGGACUUGGAGGACGAGGCAAUGCCCCAAGAGGAGCACCAUCUGGCAGGGGUGGACCACCCUCUGCUCCUAACAGAGGAGGGUCUAAUCCACGCUCUAGACCCCCAGCAGCAGGAGCUCCAAGGAUGGUCCCCUCUGCAGGCAUGUCCCACCAACAGCACCAGGGCCCUCCUUCAGGGUCCCAGCCCAAGGCUGAGGGCUAUGAGGACUAUCCUCCUUAUGAAGAGUCCUAUGCUGAGCCUGCCUAUGAGGGAUAUGACAGUUAUUAUAACCAGCAAUCUGCAGCAGCGGACACUGAAUAUUAUGACUACGGACACGGAGAGGCCCAGGAAGCUUCAUACGAGCCCUAUGCUCAAGAUGACUGGGACAGCUCAUGGUCUAACUCUGGAGCGGGAGGAAAGGCCCCCAUGUCCAGGCAGGGAAAGGGGGGAAACUAUAGAGACCAUCCCUAUGGAAGAUACUGAACGGCUACUGGUAGAGAGUUGCUCUGGCAACUGUCUAAGAUUGUAACUCGCUGAACUUUUCAAAAAGUAAUUUCCCUCUUGUUCGUUCACCUUUUUAUGGUUUAUUUUAUCUUUUGUUUUUUUUAAACUCGUUAAAAACGUUUUGUUGGAUGUAUCAUAGAGUGCCAGAGGUGAAACGUGAAAGAAUUUUUCGUUGUUUACCUGUUUCCAUUUAAUGUUUGUUUCAGUUGCGUAGAUGGCAGUUAGGGUCUUAGUGACAUAAACCUAAAAGGAAGCAGAGCAAUGUUUUAGUGACAUUUGAUGAUUAGCAUUUAAGUUAAUUGUUGAUGAACAAAUUGUGUUUGUGGCGAUAAACUCCUCUCACGUAGACUUCAUUUUUUAAAGUCCUUUAUUGACUGGACAAAAAUUAUGCUUAAUGACCCAAUUUUAUCAUAACUAGAUGGUGAUUAAGUCUCAAACUCAAAUACAACCAUGGGCCAUUUUGGCUUAAUACAAAAGUCUGAUACAUUGAUCUACAUUUUAAUACAAAUCUAGUCUGAGAAGUUACAGAAUCUCGUAAAAUGUCACCAAAUUUUACAAGGAAAAAUCUCUAUUUUUGCCACCUUUUACAAUUGGUAUGUCAUCUGUCCAACUAUUACUGCAAAAUCUUUACUGAUGAUCAUCUAAUUUUUGAGAGAUUUCCAAUCCUUACUGUAUGUGAGAAAAGCUGCAGCCAACUCAAUUUUGUACAUAACCUUAGGACAACUGUGUGUGCUUUAAGCCGUGCCGUCUCUAAAAUGCAUAAUGCCUGUGUACCUUUUGGCUAAAUAGGAUACUAAAUAUAUCCCAAAAUGUCUUUCUGCAGUGCGUGUUUCAAUAAAGUUUCUAGUUUCUUUUUAACCAAUCUAAACAUGGUAUUUUGCCUUUGUUGUACCAAAGGAAUGCCUUCACUUUGUGAAAGUGGUCCUCGGUGGUUUCUCAACAACCCUGAAUAAGCUGUAUGUAUACCCGUCAGCCUGACAAAAACAAAAAGCAGUGUUUUUACAAUGACUAUCCACUUUUUGCAAAACUUAUCUUAAUGACACCUGUAAUGUCACCAUCCAAAACAAAUAAAGCUCAUCAUUCCUUGAGAUAAUGUGCUGCCAAAUAUAUCUUUUACUUGAAAGUGAUAUAGUGCUUGAACAUGUAUUGUCAUUAACUUUUAGUUAGUGUAUCUAUUCAAGCUCUCAAGAGAGCACUGUAUCUUCAGCCACUUGAAAUAACUGAAUUUCAACAGUAUUUCAAAUCAAGCUUGCAGGGAUCUUACUUGACUUUGAUGCAAAGUCAUGCUGGCUGGUUUUUAUAAAAGAAAAAAAUCGCAGAGGAGAGGAUUCUAAAAGCCUAAAGAUCGCCACAAGAAGGUAAAACUAACCCCAACACUCAUUUGUUAGAAUUUUUUUUGUUUUGUUUUGUUUUCUGUACGAAACAUCAAGUAAUUCAAGUCAUCCAAAACACAAAAACAUUGAAGUACAAAAUUAUGCUAUCAGUAGAUAUUCCGAGCAAAAUAAGCAGUGGAAAAACAAUCAGAAAUAGUUGUGAUGCAACUCUUGCUCAAAUAAAUCCAGUAAUGGUCCAUUCAUUUCACUCAAUACUUACAAAUUUUCAUCUUGAUAAUUACUGUAAAUGCAGAUUAAUGAAAAUUUAGGUUGCACUCAAAGCGGUAAAACAUCCCAUUGGGGGACAAAAACCCUUCAGCUUGAGUUGCAUGAUACUUUUUAGUAUAGUUAGUUCUGCAUGUGUGUUGUCCACAGUGCACACGGAGGCACUGCUUGUGUCCAAGAUCUCACUUCUGUUUCUCUUCUUAGGUUGUCACAGAACCGUAUAGGUGCAGUAAAAACAAUGAAUUACAACCUACCAGGGAUGUAAGAUCCAUCCAAAGUCCCUGGAAAGAGCAGAGGCCAUGCAGUGUCUCUGACAAUGAUAUUAAAGGAUUUAUGUUUUUAAAAGUGCAGAGGGAGCUGUCUUAAUCACUACUGAAAAGCAGCUCUGCUCUCCCGCAUUCGCCAUGGCAAUGGAAAGUGCAUGUUUUACAUUUUUUAACAAGUGUCCAUGUUUACAAUCAUUUUAUACUGAAUACUUUUUCACUGCUUUUUUAACAGAAAAUAAAUUUUAAAUCAGAA